CACAAUCCUCGCUCUUUGUCUGCUCCACCCCGCGUCGUUGGUGUUGCUGCCAUGCACAGGAAGUUACCCUUCUGCUUUUCAGCGUGUGCGGUUUCUGUCUUUCUGCGUUUCAGAGUGUGUCGCCUUCUGCUCAGACCCCGAGCUCAGAGCUCUUCUCGAGGUCUACUCCCAUCCUUAACAACCUCGCGAUGCGGCCCCUCUCACCGCGAGGCCUCAUCUAGGCCUACACGCUCUUUCGGAGGGAGCGCGGCCCGCUCUGGUAUGCGCUGAUUUCUCAGACGAAGGUGUUUGUGUACAGCUUUCCUCCUGGAUUACUUGUGGAGAUUAGUGAUGGGGAAUGCCGGGGCCUCUGAGCAGGAGCCGCCGCCCGACGGUCCCGAGUCCAGGAGCUCGGUGGGCACGGCGUCCGUCAUGAGCGAGCCCGGCGCCCCGACGCUGCCCAAGAAGCCGCCGGCUCCCCCCAAGUUGCCCUUGCCCUCCGAGGAGGAGCUGGAGGAACGCUUCAACGUGGUGCUGAGCUACAUGAACCUGCCACCGGAUAAACUGCAGCUGUUGAGUCAAUACGACAACGACAAGAAAUGGGAGCUUGUCUGUGACCAGGAGCGCUUCCAGGUGAAAAGCCCCCCGUCCACGUACCUGGCCAAGAUCAGGAGCUUCUACCAGGAUCAGGUGGUGGUGGCUCGCCGGAAGAAAAGAAUCCAAGAUGCCACCAAGGUCCUCAAGGAUUUGGAAAUAUCCCUGCGCACCAACCACAUAGGUUGGGCUCAAGAGUUCCUGAACGAGCAGAAUAAAGGUCUGGAUGUGUUGGUGGAGUAUUUGUCUCAGGCCCAGUGCGACGCCCCGUUUGACGCGGAGAGCAGCGAGAACGGCGGCACCCUGAGCGACAAGGCGAGGCCUGUCAACGAGAGGUCUAUUGAGGACUUGACCAAGACCGGCGGUGGCGGCUCGCAGUCGCAUGGAAUGAGCCGAGCUGCACGAGCGCUCACCGUGAGGAUCAGCUCGACUCUGGGGAACAAGAUGCUUAAGAAGUCUCAUUUGCCAAGUCACAGAGAUGACGUGCACGUGUGCAUCAUGUGCCUGAGGGCCAUCAUGAACUAUCAGUCGGGUUUCAACCUGGUGAUGAUGCACCCGCGCUGCGUAAACGAGAUCACGCUCAGUCUGAACAGCAGGAAUCACAGGACCAAGGCCCUGGUGCUGGAGCUGUUGGCCGCCGUUUGUCUGGUCAGAGGAGGACAUGACAUCAUCUUGUCAGCCUUUGACAACUUUAGAGAGGUGAGCAAAGAGAGGAACCGCUUUGAGAAGCUGAUGGGGUAUUUCAUCAACGACGACUGCAACAUUGACUUCAUGGUGGCCUGCAUGCAGUUCAUCAACAUUGUGGUCCAUUCCGUGGAGAACAUGAACUUCCGCGUGCACCUGCAGUACGAAUUCACUAACUUGGGCUUGGACAAGUAUCUGGAAAGUCUGAGGCAAACGGAGAGCGAGAAGCUGCAGGUGCAGAUCCAGGCCUAUCUGGACAACGUGCUGGACGUCGGCGUCCUGCUGGAGGACGCCGAGAGCCGAGGCGGAGUUCUGGAGCAUGUGGACAAGCUGCAGGACCACAACGUUAAGCUCAAUGCUCAGCUCCAGGAGAUGGAGUCUCAGAACGUGGAAAAGAUUUCCGAUCUCGAGACUCAACUCAUGCAGGCCACCAAAGAGACCGAGUUGCUUAAGGAAAGCCUGAGAGACUCAUGUUCUCAGGUGAGCACCUUGCAGCAGAGGGAGCGGGAGAAGGAGCUGGACAGGGAGCGGGAGAAGGAGAGGGAGCGUCUGAGCACGAUGAAUCCUCAGGCACCUUCUGAGCUGGAGCAGAAGAUCCAGGAGCUGCAGGAGAAGGGUCUGAUCUGCUUGGCCAGGACCCCAUCGGGAGCUUUGGACAUCAAGGUUGUGCCCAUCACCGUGACUGAUUACAUCUCGGUACCAGCGCCCCAGCCUGCCCCGAUUUACACCUCCUCAGCUACAAUCUGUCCUUCGGCACCUCCUCCUCCUCCUCCUCCUCCUCCUCCUCCACCGCCGCCUUCUUCUGCUCCCGGCAGAGAGCCACCACCUCCUUCACCUGACAACGGAGGACGGCUGCUACCGCCUCCUCCUCCUCUGCCUGUCGCUGGAAGAGGGCCACCACCACCACCACCUCCACCUCCUCCACUUGCUGCCGGAGGAGGGCCGCCGCCUCCGCCGCCUCCUCCUCCUCCACCUGCCACAGGAGAAGGGCCACCACCUCCUCCACCUGGUGCUUAUUCCCCAUCCCCUCCGGGAGAACCCAACAUUCUGUCUGGGUUGAAGAGUAAGAAACCAAUCCAGACUAAGUUUAGGAUGCCGUUGUUAAACUGGCAGCCUCUAAAACCGAAUCAGGUUACGGGAACUGUGUUCCAUGAGCUGGACGAUGAGCAAGUCUUGGAGGAGCUGAACAUGGAGAUGUUUGAGGAGCAGUUCAAGACCAAGGCACAGGGUAACCCUGCAGAUCUCACCAAGGGGAAAAAGAAGUUAGGGCACAAGGCUUCCAGCAAGACAUCUUUAAUUGACCCCAACAAGGCCAAGAAUUUGGCCAUCACGUUGCGAAAAGGGGGGAUGAGUCCUUCGCAGAUCUGCACUGCCAUCGAGACGUAUGACCAGCAGUCUUUGUCUAUCGACUUCCUGGAGCUGCUGGUGCACUUUAUACCCUCGGACUUUGAGAUGAAGCUGCUGAUCAACUACGAGAAGGACGGACGACCCCUCGAGGACCUGACGGACGAAGACCGCUUUAUUUUGCGCUUCGGCAAGAUCCCUCGCCUGAGCCAGCGGAUUAACACGCUCACCUUCAUGGGGAACUUCCCAGAGAGCGUCAGGCGGCUGCAGCCGCAACUCAACUCCAUCAUUGCAGCGUCCAUGUCAAUCAAGUCUUCAGACAAACUAAAGAAGAUCUUAGAGAUCGUUUUAGCGUUUGGCAACUACAUGAACAGCAGCAAAAGGGGGGCAGCUUAUGGCUUUAGACUGCAGAGUCUGGACCUUCUACUUGAAACAAAGUCCACAGACCGCACGCAGACACUGCUCCACUUCAUUGCCAACAUUGUCCAUGAGAAGUAUCCUGACUUGGCCAACUUCUACACUGAGCUCCACUUUGUGGACAAGGCAGCCCUUGUGUCCUUGGACAGCAUCCUCCAGGACAUCCGCUUCCUGGAGCGAGGGAUGGAGAUGACCAAGAAGGAGUUCCUGGUACAAGAUGACAGCCCGGUCUUGAAGGAGUUCAUCAAGAGCAACAGCGAGCAGUUGGAGUCUCUGAUCAAAGACAGCAAGACUGCACAGGAGGCCUUCUGCUUGGUGGUGGAGUAUUUUGGCGAAAAUCCCAAAACCACGCAGCCGGCCAUGUUCUUCCCGCUCUUUGCACGAUUUAUCAAAGCCUACAAGAAAGCCGAGCAAGAUAAUCAACUGAAGAGGAAAAUGGAGCUCGAGAUGAGCGAAGGGAAAGACAGUUUGCCAUCAAAGGCUGGAGGCCAUAAGGGUCCCCUGAUGCCCAAGAUGGACUUCAUUGCCGAGCUGAAAAGAAAGCAGGUGCAGCCUCAAGUGCGUGAAGGCAAGGAUGGUGCUUUGGAAGACAUCAUCACAGAUCUGAGGAACAUGCCGUACCGCCGCGCAGACGGUCGCCGGCAAGCUCAGCGCCCCGACACCUAAAAGAAACAACAACCUCAAGGCUGAACGCGGAUUGACAUACACACAAGAGGUUAACAUUAAAAUCUCCUGCCAGUCAAACAACAUGAUCGUUUGUUGACCUUUUAGCAGGAAGUUGCAUUGUAAAUAAAUACAUAUAUUCAAGAUGUAUUUGAAGAAACGAAGUUCUGAAAAGGAAUUGCCAUACAUUUACAGAUGUAUGCCUGCAUUGUUCUUUAUGAAAUAAAACAAAUAUAUAUACUUUUUUAAAAUUUUAAAA